UAUGGGCUCCUUCGGUUCGCUCAAGGAUAGGGUCAGAAGCUUGAUCAGGAGGCGCGACCUCAAGAAACAGCGUGCUGGCAAUGCCGACACCCCCUCAGCAUAUUCAGAGCCACCGGCUGGCGCUGCGAUUCCGAACAAUGUGUUCACUGUAUGGCAGCCUAGUGAGCAGCAACAGCAGGAAGUUGUCCAGCGGAAGCAGACCCAUGCCAACACGAUCAAUCGUGCUGUCGUCCAAAGCCCCCAGUCUGCCACUAUGACUGGCACACUUCAGAUUGCAUUAGAGAACCAGUCAAACAGCUCAGACAUGUAUGCUUAUAUCACGGGGCAAGCCAUUGACAGAAACGGUGCCCUCUUCUUACUCCAAUCCGACGCGAACACUGCCUACUACCCUACAAGCCCGUCCUCCACCGGUCAACCAAUCCCUGUAGACAUAUCGAUUCCUUUGGGAGCCCCGGGCAACAUCGUCACAGCUACCAUUCCUCGCCUUGCUGGUGGACGCAUCUGGUUUUCCCAAGGUUCAAAAUUGACGUUCUUGUUGAACCCGGGCCCUGGGCUUGUUGAGCCUUCUGUGUUCAAUCCUUCGGAUCCGAAUUACAACAAGAAUUUUGGCUUCUGCGAGUUCACAUUCAAUUCUGCGCAGGUGUUUGUCAAUAUCUCCUAUGUUGACUUUGUCAGCAACAUACCUGUGGCCUUGACGCUGCAGGACACUGCGGGACAUAGUCAGCAUGUUAGCGGCAUGCGGCCCGAUGGGUUGGCCACUGUUUGUCAAGGUCUUCGCGCUCAGACGGCAAAGGAUGGUCGACGCUGGAGUUCCCUUAUUGUGCAAAGCAACGGACAAGAUUUGCGAGCACUCAGUCCCAACUCCGGAAUUACCCUGAACCCAGACUGGUUUGCGACGUACUGGACAGACUACGUCAAUCAAGUGUAUGCGAAAUACCAGAUCGACAAGCUUACAGUCGAUACGCAAGCCUCAUGGGGUGAAGUUCAGGGCCAGGUUGGAUCUCAAGGCAGCCUGGAUUUUGGCUCUGGCGGCCUCUUCCCUAAACCGAAUGCCAAAGAUAUCUUCGGCAAUAACAGCGGUCCUUUCGCAACAGGUGGGAAUGCCGAGACCAACGCGAUCAUUCCGAGAAUGGCAGCAGCGUUCAAUCGAAGUACACUGCUGCUCAGCAACCAAACGCCGAAUGGAACGAGCCCUGCACAGUACUACCAAAAUCCCACCACUAAUCACUACGCUCGAAUUGUCCAUGCUGCCAAUAUUGAUGGACUGGGUUACGCAUUUCCCUACGAUGAUGUUUCGCCUGAUGGAGGCCAAGCCCAAGAAGGCGCCAUCUUCAGUUUCUCUCCCACCAAACUCAUCGUCACGGCCGGUGGAAAUAAUGCACAUGCAGCUUAAAAAGACGCAGCUUGAACAGCUGCACUUGUGUGUGCAAGGGCACGACAUCGACCUUCUUUUCGGUGCAGUUACUCGAUACUGACAGUACAGGCCUAUGAUUCAUCAUGCACGAUGGAGUUUAUAGAAGGCAGCUGUGGAGACGGG